UACAAACCUUACGCCCCAAGCAUCUGAAAUCCCCAAAUUUAUCAGAUCUGCUUCGAGUAUCCUCCGUCGACCACCGCCGCAGACAUCGGAAUCUCGUUUAGUGUGCUAUCUCUUCAUCGGAUAUUUUUUCUGGUCCCCGAGUAUGUAUGACAAUCUUGGAAACCCAUCUGGGGCGCCAAGACCAUCUUCCACUCCACAAACUCCUUUUGGAAAUCCUWUUUAUGGUACCGGCUCAGGUSUAAUCAGAGGUGGACUUKGUGCCUAUGGAGAAAAAAUCUUAGGUUCAAGCUCUGAGUACGUGCAAAGUAAUAUUAGCAGGUACUUCUCUGAUCCACAAUAUUAUUUCCAAGUCAAUGACCACUAUGUGAGGAACAAAUUGAAGGUGGUUCUAUUCCCAUUUCUGCACAGGGGUCAUUGGACAAGAAUUACUGAGCCAGUUGGGGGUAGGCUAUCAUAUAAGCCCCCCAUUUAUGAUAUCAACGCUCCAGAUCUAUAUAUCCCGUUAAUGGCUUUUGGUACAUAUGUUGUUCUUGCUGGCUUCUCUUUGGGACUUCAAGGGAAGUUUACCCCAGAAGCUCUGAACUGGCUUUUCAUGAAGGGAAUGGUGGGUUGGUUUUUACAAGUUUCUCUUCUAAAGAUGUCAUUAUUUUCAUUGGGCGGUGCCGAGGCACCACUGCUAGAUAUUGUAGCAUACGCGGGAUACGCCUUCACCGGAUUGUGUCUAGCGGUCCUUGGUAAAAUCAUCUUCUCCUACUCUUACUACUUCUUGAUGCCAUGGACUUGUUUGUGUAUGKGAACCUUCUUGGUGAAAACGAUGAAACGGGUCCUUUUUUCGGAGGUUAGAAGUUUCGAUUCCAGUAGGCAUCAUUACUUGCUGCUCUUCAUUGCGUUAGCCCAGUUUCCGCUCUUCAUUUGGCUCGGAAACAUCACGGUCAAUUGGCUUUUCUAGAAAGUGUGUAGAAAACUGUAUCUAUCCUUUUGAGGCUAGUUUUUUUGAUGUAAUACAAACUUUUGUGAUAUUUGGUUGCUUUUUGUUGUGCAAAUUGGACACUUUGUAUGUAAAAGGGACUUUUCUUUGAAUAGUAUUAGCAUAUGUAGUGUUUGCCUUUCCAUGUGUUUAGGUAUUUUUCUCUUCAA